AUGGUCCCCAAGGGAGAAAGUCAAUAUUGGGGGAUUGUUAAGUUGCUCCUGAAUUUUGGGUGGACAUGGAUUGGCCUCUUGGUCUCGGACAAUGAUAAUGGAGAAAGGUUCUUGAGUGCCUUGACACCUCUGAUGAUCAACAAUGGAAUUUGCAUUGCCUUAUUAAAAAGAAUACCGGAGCAUAACCUAGAUCCAUAUGACAUCCCAAGUGAACCGUUUAUCAUAUGGGACAAAGUCAAAAUAUUUGUUUACUAUAAAAGCAGUCAAGUGGCAUGGAUUGAGCUCAUGGUAAUACAACAAUUUCUUGAGGAACAAAUUGGGGGGAAAGUCUGGAUCUCAACAGGUCUUCAAGACAUUAACAUCAAUUUGAAUAGCGAUCCUGAUCGUUUCCAGUACAUCCAUGGAUCUUUGUCCUUCAUAAUGAAGCCCCAACUAAGGAAAAGAUACCAGCUCUAUGAGCCAUCUUCUAAACUUCUUAGACAGUUUUGGGAUAAAGCAUUUCAUUGUUUAUAUAAAAAGCACACGUUGGCUGUAAAAGGUCGGACAAGAUGCACAGAGAAUGAGAAACUGGAGAUGGUGCCUGAAGAGGAGCUGGAGAGAGCCCUGUCUCAAGACAGCUACAUCACUUACUUCAGUGUCCAAGCUGUGGCACAUGCCUUAAAUGCUGCAUAUUCAUCCAGAUCAAAGUUCAUGCUGAUGGUGCGUGGAGGAGAUAGGCUGGAACAUCAAAGGCUACAGCCAUGGCAGACUGUGCCUAGCUCCAGGUGUACCAAAAGCUGUCAACCUGGAUAUGCCAAAGUGGUUCAAGAAGGAGAGCCUGUUUGCUGCUAUGCUUGUGCCCCAUGUGCAGAAGGGACCAUCUCCACUCAGGAAGAUGCAAAACGUUGCACCAAAUGUCCAGAAGAUCAGCAUCCAAACAAGGGUCAAAUUCAAUGUGUUCCCAAAAGUAUCGCCUUCCUGACCUAUGAAGAAACUUUGGGGAGCCUUCUAGCUUCCAUUGCUAUCUUCCUGCUAUUAAUGACAAGCAUUGCUUUAGGAAUCUUCCUUAAAUACAAAGAAACUUCCAUAGUCAAAGCCAAUAACCGGGACCUCUCCUACAUCCUCCUUGUAUCCCUCCUGCUCUCUUUUUUGUCCUCCUUCCUAUUCAUUGGCCGGCCAAGGAAAGAGACCUGCCUUCUCCGACAAAUGGUGUUCAGCAUCAUCUUCUCGGUUGCUGUCUCUUCUUUGUUGGCUAAAACCACCACUGUGGUGCUGGCCUUCAUGGCCACAAAGCCAGGAAACCAGGUGAGGAGAUGGCUGGGGAAGAGUCUGGCCAACGCUGUAGUCAUUUCCUGUUCCAGUGUCCAAGUUCUCAUCUGCACCACCUGGCUGGGUAUCUCUCCCCCAUUCCCUGACUCUGACAUGCACUCCCAGCCUAAAGAGAUCAUCCUGCAAUGCAAUGAAGGGUCUGUGGCUAUGUUUUAUGGUGCCCUCAGCUACAUGGGCUUCCUGGCUGCUAUCUGCUUCAUGGUGGCUUUCUUAGCCAGGAGGCUGCCUGGUGCCUUCAAUGAAGCCAAGCUGAUCACCUUCAGCAUGCUGGUCUUCUGCAGUGUUUGGGUGUCCUUUGUGCCCACUUACCUGAGCACCAAGGGGAAAUACAUGGUAGCUGUGCAGGUCUUCUCUAUGUUGGCCUCCAGUGCUGGGCUUCUGGGCUGCAUCUUCAUCCCAAAGUGCUACAUCAUUAUACUGAGACCUGAUCUGAACACAAAGGAGCACUUGACAACAAAAAUCUAA